AUGCUCAGCACCGACCCUAGGGCUCGGCUGGAGGACACCCCCUCGCGAGAGAUUUUGCGGUGGCUCGAGGGAUACGGCCCUUACAACGGAGCUGUGUAUGGUGUGGGAGAAUACGGCAAGGAAACCGGCAACGUUAUGGUACCCCGGGCAAGCGUGACGCCGUUGCGUGUCGUGUGCCAGCCGCCGGAGCAGGAGAUGUCCAACGGCGUCACGAGGCGCUUCGCAGAGCACUCCGACAGGUUCCUUCGGGUGAACUUCGUCGACGAGAACAUGGGCAGGUUGCAGCUCUCGCCUUUGCUGGUACCCAGGUUGGAGGGAUUCAUGAAGGACGGGCUGGUGAUCGCAGGGCGCAAGUACGAGUUCCUCGCCUACUCCGGCAGCCAACUUCGAGGACAUGCGUGCUUCUUCUACGCUGAAGGAGAUGGGGCACCGACGGCGGACAGCAUCCGCAGCUGGAUGGGGGAUAUGUCCGGCAUCGACGUCGUCGGGAAGCAUGCCGCCAGGCUCGGCCAGAGCCUAAGCUCGACGACGUCCACGGUCGAAGUGCCCCCAGCCUUGAAGAAGCUGGUGCCCGACAAGAAGGCCGGGCCAUACGAGUUCACCGAUGGUUGUGGGAUGAUGUCGGAAGGUCUUGCCAGAGGCGGCGAUGUCAUCCCCUUUCCGCACGCACACACGCCCAUGCAGGUGAUCCAGUACGCGCGCCAACUCCCGUGCUACCUGAACCGGCAGUUCAUAACCCUGCUGGGUACACUAGGUGUGCCCGACAAGGUCAUCGAAGAGCGCUACAGCGCGAUGGUCUCUACGCUCGACAAGGUACUACGGACGAUGCUUUCCGAUCCCGCCGAGGCCGAGAUGGCUCUGGUGCGCUACUACAACAUCACCUCGGGGGGUAAAACGGGGAGGAAGCAGGUCGGUCCCCUUUGGGAGGCGUUGGCCAUGGUGAGGGCGGGUAUCAACAUCCGGACAGAACCCUUCCUGCAGAGCGUUCUUCGCGCUACGAGAGACAAAGCAAUGAUCGACCUUCGCCACCGGACGCGCAUCUUUGUCCCCGACGCCUCCUGUCUCCUGGGCAUCGUCGAUGAGACCGGCUUGCUACAGCCGGGGCAGGCGAGUGACUCUCUUGGGUGCCGGUCGGUAAACCAUUAUACCGCAAACCGUGCUUCCAUCAUGACAAACGCUGACAGAUUUGGGCAAUGCACGCAGGAGAUGAGCGGCGGCGACCUGGACGGCGACCUCUACUCCGUCGUCUGGGACCAGGACCUGCUACCCCCUGAACGGGAAGGGGUGGCCGGGGUGCAAGGAGACAGCGAGAAUGGGUUCAACUUUCCAGCGAUGGGCUACGAGCCGCCGGAGAAGCCGAAGACUUCGGCUUCUUCGUCGGGCAAGGGUGUGGACAUGAAGGAAAUCGCCGACUUCUUCCUCAAGUACAUCCAGAACGACAACCUGGGGAAGAUCGCCAACGCUCACCUAGUGCGGGCCGACCUGUCCCCUUUCGGGGCGAGGUGUGAUGAGUGCCUCCAGCUGGCAGCAUUGCACUCCAAGGCGGUGGACUUUCCCAAGUCGGGGGUGCCGGCAGUCUUUCCAGACGAGCUCAAAGUCGACAGCUACCCGGACUUCAUGUGCAAGGAGGACAACAUGACGUAUCUCUCCAAGAAGCUGAUCGGGAGGCUGUUCCGUGAUACUCCACCCGCUGGGGCUGCUAACCCGCAGCGGCGGCAGCAGCAGGACGAGAGGUUCCUUGGCGGCUUCGAGCUGGAUCAGUCGCUUCUGGCGCCAGGAUACGAGGAUUUCCUCGAGGAGGCUGAGGUGGAGCGUUUUGGAGGUCGGAUGCUAAAGAGGACGAAGCUGGAGGAUGCCCAGGGCAGGCUGAACUUGGAGUUCGCCCAGGCAAGCACAAGAAAAUAG